AUGGAUUUUCGGGAGCAGGUGUUCUUGAACGGCAACGUUUACCAGGGAGAGAUAAGGAAGGGGAAGUGUCGGGGGAGUGGGGUUUAUUAUUAUAGUAUGAGUGGAAGGUAUGAAGGGGAUUGGGUGGAUGGGAAGUACGAGGGUUUUGGGGUGGAGACAUGGGCAAGAGGGAGCAGGUAUAAAGGGCAGUUUAAGAUGGGAUUGAGGCACGGUUUCGGGGUUUAUAGAUUCUACACUGGGGAUGUUUAUGCCGGGAAGUGGUCGAGUGGGCAGAGCAAUAGCUGUGGAGUUCAUACUUGUGAUGAUGGGAGCAGGUAUGUUGGGGAGUUCAAGUGGGGGAUUAAGCAUGGUCUUGGACACUACCAUUUCAGGUAA